AUGAAGAAACACAUGAAACACAUGGAUAUCUGCACUUACUCAUUUGCCACUGCCAUUGAUGCCACGAGACACAAGCUUCCUGUGAAGAACGUGGACAUCGGAGAGGACGCAGGCCAGUUUUUAGACAAAGCUGUUGAAUGUCUGAAUCAGAGUGCACAAGUCUUGCAACACUAUACAAAGGACAUGCCCACUGAGUGUGAGGCUUCAACGGAGUGUCUUAGAGAGAUGAACAAUACAGCUAAUGAAAUCAGCCAACAGUUGACAAGGACUUUUUCGGAUCUUCUGGAGGUGUCUUCAUUAGAAAGCCGGGAGACAGUUUUGAUCCAGCAGUCACUGGAGGAAGACAAGCUCGGACAGAGCACAGCCCAGACACUCUUCUGUCCCUCCACGUCAUGAUUAUACAUUGUAUGAAUAUCACAUCGGUUUGCAAUUAAAUAAUUAA